AUGCGUUCCAUCAGAUCUGAAACUUUUGGCAUCGAUGAAGUACCUGACAUUAAGUUUCUUUCAAUGGUUGCAGGAGAGAAGAUUGAGAACAACUUAACAAAGGUUGUAUUGUUCACAUGGAUAUUCUUUGUGCUCAUCCUGACACAAAGUUACACAGCAAGUCUCGCAUCCAUCUUAACAACACGACAGUUGCAACCAACAAUCACAGAUGUUAGUGACAUAAUAAAAAAUGGAUAUUAUGUGGGAUACCAAGAUGGUUCGUUUAUGAAUGAAUUCUUGAUAGACCAUUUGAAAUUGGACCCGUCCAAGCUCAGAAAUUAUAGCACUCCAGAAGAAUAUCAUUAUGCUUUAUCUAAUGGAACAGAUAAUGGAGGAGUUGCUGCAAUUUUUGAUGAACUUCCUUAUAUCCAAGUCUUCCUCAAUACGUAUUGUAAUAAAUACACCAUGGUUGGACGCACCUACUCCUCUGAAGGAUUUGGCUUUGUCUUUCCUAAAGGCUCUCCUUUAAUUUCUUAUAUGUCAAUGGCAAUCUUAAAUCUGACUGAUGAUGGGACAUUGGACAUACUUAAGCAAGGGUGGUUAGAAAGUCAAACAAAUUGUAACACCGCAGAUGCUUCUUCCAUAGCAACCGACAAGCUUUCUUUGCGAAGCUUCGGAGGUCUCUUAAUCAUCAUAAUAGCCGUUUCAGUCCUUGCACUGUUAAUACACUUUUUCCUGUCUGUGUAUGGCAGUUGGCAUGUACGAACCGCCAGGAUAUCUCUACAAUCAUCUUGGCAAAACACUAGACAAAGGAUUAGUUAUAUUCUUUGUUAUAUAACAAAUGGUCUCAGUGGGAGGUGGUACCCUGAAACUCAAGUUGUACCCAUGGAAAGAGAAGAAGGCAUUGUCAGAGAAGAACUAGAAUCCAUAGAACUUCAAUGUAGGGCUGCAGAGCAUAGUGAGCAUAGUGAAGAACACAUUGUUGACAAUUUGGAUCCUCCCCUGCCGCUUGCCCGUGCGGCCGGCAUGCAGCCUCACGUAGGUAGGGACAAAAUGACAGCUCUACCCAUUGAUCGAGCACCCUGCACGAGUGGAGUAGGGUGGUCAUUUCACCCUUCCCUAAGUGAGGGUGCACGCCGACCGCAUAGGCAGGCGGCAGCAGAGGAUCACGAUCCCAUUGUUGAACAUGAAGUCAUUAUUGGAGGACUCUCAUGUCACUGCUCAAGGAGGUCCAUACAAUCCUCUAAACCAUUAUAA